AUGGCUCACACGGGAGAGAAGUCCUUCGAGUGCACCGAGUGCCACAAGACGUUCUCUCGAAGCUAUAUCCUCAGAGUCCAUCUCAAAACACACACGGGGGAAAAGCCGUACGAGUGCACCGUGUGCCUCAAGACGUUCUCUCAAAGCAGCGGUCUUAGAACCCAUCUCAAAACACACACAGGGGAGAAGCCUUUCGAGUGCACUGAGUGCCACCAGAAGUUCUCUGCAAGCGGUAAUCUGGAAACCCAUCUUAAAACACACACAGGGGAGAAGCCCUUCGAGUGUGCCGUGUGCCUGAAGACGUUCUCUCAAAGCGGUGGUCUUAGAGCCCAUCUCAAAACACACACGGAAAAGAAGUCCUUCGAGUGCACUAAAUGCCACAAGACGUUCUCUGGAAGCGAUGUUCUGAGAAGCCAUCUCAAAACACACAAGGGAGAGAAGCCCUUCGAGUGUGCCGUGUGCCACAAGACGUUCUCUACAAGCAGUCAUCUGAGAACCCAUCUCAGAACACAUACGGGAGAGAAGCCUUUCGAAUGUGCCGUGUGCCUCAAGACGUUCGCUCAUAAAU